GAUAUUGGUGGAGCACAGCCCCCAGCCCUGAAUAUUCCUGGUGCUCGGCACCACGAGCCCAUAUAACCUGCCGCCUAUAGAGCUUGGCGCAGACUGAGGGUCCGAGCUGGGCGUCUUGGGACAGUAACUUGAGCACAUUAGGACCUGGAGGGAGCGGGGCGCUCACUACUCUGUGAGCUGCUGCGAGCGAAGAGUCAAGGGCAAAGAAACGUGGCUGUCGAAGGGGUGGGUGGGGAAGUGUCCCGCAGCCAGAGUUGGAUCCAGGAGGGAGGGGAGCCCCGGGACUGCUGCCAGGGCUUGCUACGGAGCCGGGCUGCGCUGGGUGGCAGCGCCUCUGUCAAUCAGCCUGACUCCACUCCCGCACGCCUGUGUUCUCCCGUGCUGCGCUCCAGCUGCCUCCUUGUGUCUCUGCUUCGCUGCGCUCACAGAGCGGCCGCCGCUGCUGCUGGGUGCAUGCACCAGGGGACCGGAGCGGGGCUGACGCGUCCCCGCCGCGUUCCGGGCGGCACCGGGCUGCCCUCAGUUUGUGCUGGGUAGCGGCGGGGAACUUUAAUGCUGGCUCCAAGUGUUGGGCUCGGUCUGCGGUUCAGCUGCAAUGGAUCCUCCAGCAGGGAUCGCCUGUCUGCUGCUCUGCUGUGCGCUCUUCCUGCCCGGGAGCGCCCUGCAGAGCUCCAGGGAGAGAGAUCCUAUUUUGAGGAAUAUAGAGGAAUACAGACUUGUCGUCCCAAUCAGCACCGAUUCAGAGGGCAGGUUCCUAUCUAACCUGGUGUCUGGACCUCCAAGGGGGCGCUUCCGAAGAGAUGCUGGGGAUAUGCAACAUGAAGCUUCAAAUGAGCAAAUAUUUUAUAAUGUCACUGUUUUUGGAAGAGAGUUUCACUUCAGGCUGAGACUGAACUCUAGGCUGGUUGCCCCUGGAGCAACAAUUGAAUGGCAAGAGGAUUCUAAUGUGACUCAUAUUGAACCACUCCAUGGGAAUUGCCUAUAUGUUGGGGAUAUCACUGAUUUGCCUAACGCUUCAGUUGCUAUAAGCAACUGUGAUGGGCUGGCAGGCAUGAUUCGCACAGACAAGGACGAGUUCUUCAUUGAGCCUCAGGAGAAGGGCAGUCAGGAGGAAGACGGAGGCAGGACGCAUGUGGUAUAUCGCAGAGCAGCUGUCAAGAAGCCACUUCGCACUGAGAACACAGAUAUCCAGUAUAAAGCAGCUGACCUGAGUAAUCUGGAUAACCUUGUCAGUGUGCUGAGCCUCAUUGAAGACCGAGUAAAUAACUCAAGAAAGAGAUAUCGGAGGCAUGCGACUGAUGAUGACUACAACAUUGAAGUUCUCCUGGGAGUUGAUGACUCGGUUGUACAGUUCCAUGGAAAAGAACAUGUACAGAAGUACCUUCUGACCCUGAUGAAUAUCGUGAAUGAAAUCUACCAUGACGAGUCCCUAGGUGCCCACAUUAAUGUUGUCUUGGUGAGGAUAGUCAUGCUGAGCUAUGGGAAAUCCAUGAGCUUAAUAGAGAUUGGGAACCCUUCCCAGAGUUUGGAGAAUGUAUGUCGCUGGGCCUAUCUACAACAGAAGCCUGACACUGCACAUGCAGAAUAUCAUGACCAUGCUAUUUUUCUCACAAGGCAGGAUUUUGGUCCAUCUGGCAUGCAAGGCUAUGCUCCAGUUACUGGAAUGUGUCAUCCUGUACGAAGUUGCACCCUCAACCAUGAAGAUGGUUUUUCCUCUGCAUUUGUGGUGGCCCAUGAAACUGGGCAUGUAUUAGGCAUGGAGCAUGAUGGCCAGGGCAACAGGUGUGGGGAUGAGGUCCGAAUGGGGAGCAUCAUGGCCCCUCUUGUCCAGGCUGCAUUCCAUCGCUUCCACUGGUCUCGCUGUAGCCAACAAGAGCUGAACAGAUAUCUACAUUCCUAUGAUUGUCUGCGUGAUGAUCCUUUUGAACAUGAUUGGCCUUCCCUUCCCCAGCUGCCAGGAAUUCACUACUCCAUGAAUGAGCAGUGCCGUUUUGAUUUUGGUUUGGGCUACAUGAUGUGCACAGCUUUCCGUACGUUUGAUCCCUGCAAGCAGCUGUGGUGUAGCCAUCCCGAUAACCCUUAUUUCUGCAAAACAAAGAAGGGACCGCCACUGGAUGGGACUAUGUGCGCGCCUGGAAAGCACUGCUUUAAAGGUCACUGCAUCUGGUUAACUCCAGAUAUCUUGAAACAGGAUGGAAAUUGGGGAGCAUGGAGUAAGUUUGGCUCCUGUUCUCGAACCUGCGGUACAGGGGUAAAAUACAGGACACGGCAAUGUGACAAUCCACACCCAGCUAAUGGAGGCCGUACAUGCAUGGGGCCAACCUAUGAGUUCCAGCUUUGCAGCACUCAAGAUUGUCCUCAGCAGUUUGAUGAUUUCAGAGAGGAGCAGUGUAGACAAUGGGAUCCUUACUUUGAAUAUCAGAAUACGAAACACCACUGGCUCCCAUAUGAGCAUCUCGAUGCUAAAGAAAGGUGCCAACUGCACUGUGAGUCCAAGGAGACUGGUGACGUAGUGUAUUUGAAACGAAUGGUACAUGAUGGAACCCGCUGCUCAUAUAAAGAUUUUUAUAGCAUCUGUGUGCGAGGGGAUUGUUUGAAAGUUGGAUGUGACAGGGUAAUAGGUUCCUCUAAGCAAGAGGAUAAGUGUGGUGUCUGUGGUGGAGAUAACUCCCACUGCAAGGUGGUGAAAGGAACGUUCUCCAGGGCACCAAAGAAACCAGGGUACAUUAAGAUGUUUGAAAUUCCUGCUGGUGCAAGGCACUUGCUUGUACAAGAAACAGAUGCCACCAUUCAUAAUCUUGCCAUUAAGAAUCGAGAAACAGGGAAAUUCAUUUUAAAUGAAGACAACUAUGUACCGGAUUCUAAAGUAUUUGUUGACAUGGGUGUGGAAUGGGAAUACCGGAAUGAUGACGAUAGAGAAACAGUGCAGACCAUGGGGCCUUUGCGCAGUGGUAUAGUCAUUCUGGUGAUUCCUCAUGGUGGUGCCAAGGUUUCUUUGACUUACAAAUACAUGAUCCAUGAAGACUCCUUAAAUGUAGAUAACAACAAUGUUUUGGAAGAUGAUUCAGUAACAUAUGAAUGGGCUCUGAAAAAAUGGUCGCAGUGUUCAAAGCCCUGUGGAGGAGGUUAUCAGUUUACGAAAUAUGGCUGCCGGAGGAAGACAGACCACAAGAUGGUUCAUCGGAGAUUCUGCGAGACGAUCCAAAAGCCAAAGCCUAUUCGCAGAGUGUGCAAUCUGCAGGAAUGUUCCCAACCAAUAUGGGUUACAGGAGAUUGGGAGCCCUGCAGCAAAAGCUGUGGAAAAACAGGAUAUCAAGUACGUUCUGUACGGUGUAUCCAACCCCUGCAUGACAACACAAAUCGUUCUGUUCAUACCAAAUAUUGCAACAAUGAUCGUCCAGAAGGCAAAAGGUCUUGCAAUCGAGCACUUUGCCCUGCACAGUGGAGGAUAGGACCCUGGUCACAGUGCUCUGUAACUUGUGGAAACGGCACACAGGAACGGCAGGCUUUGUGCAGGACAAGAGAGAAUGCUAGUGGCUAUUGUAAAGAUGACAAACCGGAAACAAUGAGGAUCUGCAGACUAUCUCUAUGCCCCAGAAAUGUUUCUGAUCCAUCAAAGAAAACCUAUAUGAUACAAUGGCUGUCAAGACCAGAUGGAGAUUAUCCCAUCCAGAAAAUAUCUUCAAGGGAACGUUGCCAAGGAGACAAGUCCAUGUUUUGUCGCAUGGAAGUUCUCUCUCGUUACUGUUCAAUGCCUGGUUACAAUAAGCUGUGUUGCAAGUCCUGUAACAUGUAUAACAACAUAACAGAGGAUGAUAAUGUAACUGAUUCUAACCUAAAUAAGAACGACAUUGAGGAGAAUCUCCUGUCUACCCUUACUCCUCCUACUGGGGUGGUUGUCAUGCAGGCUACUGCUGGUCCUCCUCUUGUUUCCAAAUCAAACGCCACCCAUUCCAAUGCAACUGAGGACCACCCAGAAAUUAAUGCGGUAGACGUGCCAUAUAAAAUAGAUGGGCUGGACAAUGAAGUACCGCAGCACAACCUCAUCCCACGGAGGAGGCUGCCUUACGAAAGGACAAAGAACCAAAGAAUUCAGGAGCUGAUCGCUGAGAAAAGAAAGAGAGAGACUAUUAGUAAGCGACAUUAAAAUGGAAAUAUGGCACAAACGACAUUUUUUUCUCUUAUAGAGAUGUUACCACCACCAUAGUAAUGCCCAUGUCAUAAAAACUAGAAAAAGAAAAAAGCGGUGCUAUGGCAGAAAUGCCAAAUUCUAAUGCCUAAAACGAACAGAAAUGUCAGAUAGUUUCAUAAUGUUAGUAUAAACAUUUCAAUGGCUAGGGUUACAGGGUGCUAGAACGUACUAGUGCAAUAUCAGUACAGUAUUUCACUGAAGCCAAACAAACCUAUUACCUAGCCCAGAUCAGCAGGUUUAUUGAUUAUGGGCUCUUUUCACCCCUCAAUGCAUUGCAUAACUCCUAGGGAAUGUUAAUGGGAGUUAUAUUGAACAGGGAGGAGAACAGAUCCCAUUACCUACAAAUGCCUUUAAUAGUGACAAUCAGUUGAUCAAGAGAAGCAUUGCAUCAAACCGUACAUAAAAUUACUCCCAGAUUCAGGAAGGUAUUUAAGAACAUGCAUGACUUUAAACAUGCAAGUAGUCCCACUGCCUUAAAUGGGACUAUUCUCAUGGCUACACUUAAAUGGACACUUACAUACCUUUCUUAACUGGGACCUUACAUGUGAGAUUCUUUGUACAACCAUAUAUUUAAUCUCAGUUCAGAACUGAUAACCAGUAGUUUGCAUGUUCCCAUAAACAAUUUCAAAGCAUUUGAAUCUAUAAAAAUUAUUUACUAUUUGACUGGACCUAUACAAUUUAGACUGACAAUGUCCUAGUCUUUUGAGUAUCUUUAUUUCAUAGUCUCUAAACUCCUGUAAUACAAUAUCCCCAAUGGUUUUAGUUGACAUUCUUUUCGGUCUACCUUUUAUCCACACUCUGUUUAACUUAAAAUGACUGGAGUCUUUUCCUUUCCUUUCCUUUGGUGCUUCAUGAAGAAAACGUAGUUGUGUGUGUUAACGUUUUCCAUGGUACAAUGUUAUGUCAUUCUGAAGGAAAACAAUGUGUAUUAUCAAUCUUUCCUUAGGACAGCUCUGGUGCAGCAGAAGUGAACAAUUGUUCAUCAUGCUUAUAUAUAAACACAGUACCAAGUUUGCUUAGAUCUUAGAGAUGUGUAUCCUGACAGCCCUUUGAGUACUUCCUUUCCCUGCAAUAUCUUCUGGUAGCUGAGGGCCUAUAUAAGCAACCUCACCAUUUUCCAUAGCUCAUUUUGGACGGCUGGUAGGUAGAAGACACGUUCAACUUGGUGGUUUGUACCUUUUGCCGAGGCCAUGCCUGCUUUCAAAUGCCUCUAUAUAAUGCAAGGAUGUUACCAGCCGACUUACAGGAUAACUAAUGUGAAUAGUAGGUAUUGAGCCUUUGAGCCAAAGACCACUAAGCUCAGUGGAAAGGCUCCCAUUGACUUCUGUGGGUUUUGCAAACCCUGGACUAUUGUAGGAGUAGGAAUUAAAACCUUUGUGGGUAUGGGGUUUAUUAAUUUUGCUCUUGCCUACGGGGUUGACUUUCCCUUGUCUGCUCAAGCUUGUUAAUAUUUUCCAGGGGAUAAGGUCUCUUUGAAACUGCCAGUUCACAUAGAAAAGGCAACUGAGAGGUGGCAAAAUGCUCUCAAUUCAAGUUUUUGAUCUUGAAGUGAGACCACGACCUUGUAUCUUCUCAGUUGCACAGCUAGCUUGGGCAUAUGCUAAAUUCCCAAUGCAUGUAAGAUGCUACGUAGCUUCGUUGCUGCUGAAGCAAUGUUGAACCUGGCAGCCAGGCCCUCACUGAAAAGCAAACCACAACUGGCUUUCUACUGUCCAGGCUGGGGCCCCCAUUGCUGCUUUUAAAUGUUGUGAGUGAAUGGGUCACCUAGGUCCAUUGCAAAGUAUCCCAGUUUAGAUUGGAAAGAGACAGCGCUAAAAGUAGCCCUGAGUGCACUGAAUUAUUGAAACCAGCAGCUGAAUCUAUGCUCAGAAACUCUUGAAAGGACAAGAGUUAACAAAAAUAAUUUACAAAGAAUAUUAGACAAAGUAGUAGAGGAGGGGCCAAUUUUAUUCCUGUUGUAAUGCCAUCAGCUUCACUUCCUCACAGGAUGGUGUGGAGGUCAAUUCAAAGUAAUGCUCCUAUAACAACCUCAAUUGACAGAAGUUACAUCAGAGCUUGAUAUAGGUAAAGACUCUUGUAACAUCCCUGUGCUCUCAGGUUUCAGGGUUCAAAGUAUUAGCUCAAGCCACAGCAGCUCAAGGAGCUACGCUGAAACCUCUUUAAAGGGGCUAACUGCUAAAGGGGGACAAAGAUCCACACUCUCCCCCUAUACACUAUACUUACACAACCUCUUCCAUUCUUUUCCUACAAUGGCCUCUUCUCUUGUGGCUGGUGGGAGAACAUUCUACUAAAGCAUGGGUUUCUUUUUGGUUCUAAAAAAUAAAAUUAAAGGUCCAUAUUGUAAAAACACUAACGAAGGCCAGGUUGGUGUAUGUGUUAGGUCAGGUGGUUGAAUUAAUGGCUCAGAUGAAGACAAGAACUCAGGUAUAUCUCCAAGACAGCUCUUCCCUUCUCAAUCUCAUAGAACUGGAAGGGACCCUGGAAGGUCAUUGAGUCCAGGCCCCUGCCUUCACUAGCAGGACCAAGUACUGA